CAGGGAUCCGUCAGUCCUCUUCAGUCCGGAGUCCAGGAGCAGAACGGAACCGUUUGAGUCAUCAGGUUGCUGCUAUACUUUCCAUCCACAGAGCACUUUGGUGGAUUCAACAGUGGGAUUUGUAGUUUUUAUUUUCACCAUCUGAACCAGGUGACCAAACUGUGUUUUGCAUGUAAACAAACGCAGAGUGAGAGUCCCCCCCCCCCCGACGAGGGACUUUAACCGACCCGGGUUCACCUGAGCGCGUGUCUGUCUCUCGUCUCUGACCGGACUCUGAGGAGGAGAGGGUUCAGGACUCUGAGGAGGAGAGGGUUCAGGACUCUGAGGAGGAGAGGGUUCAGGCUUUACGGUGCCGGGUCUCAUCCCAUCAUGGGACACGGCAGCUGUCACCUGGCGCGAGGAUGAGCCACAGAAGCAGCCCGGCGCGGGCGUACGACUUCCUGCUCAAGUUCCUGCUGGUGGGAGACAGCGACGUGGGGAAGGGCGAGAUCCUGGCGAGCCUGCAGGACGGAGCCACCGAGUCCCCGUACGGAUACAACAUGGGGAUCGACUAUAAGACGACCACCAUCCUCCUGGACGGGAGGAGAGUCAAGCUGCAGCUCUGGGACACAUCUGGCCAGGGACGAUUCUGCACAAUCUUCAGGUCCUAUUCCAGAGGAGCACAGGGAGUUAUUCUGGUGUACGACAUCACAAACCGCUGGUCCUUCGAUGGAAUCGAUCGAUGGAUCAAAGAGAUAGACGAGCAUGCCCCUGGGGUGCCAAAGAUCCUUGUCGGGAACCGCCUUCACCUAGCCUACAAGCGUCAGGUGACCACGGAGCAGGCGCAGGUGUACGCGGAGAAGCUGGGCGUCACAUUCUUCGAGGUCAGUCCACUGUGUAACUUCAACAUCACAGAGUCGUUCACAGAACUCGCUCGCAUCGUCCUGAUGAGACACGGCAUGGAGCGACUGUGGAGACCCAACAAAGUGUUGAGCCUUCAGGACCUCUGCUGUCGCUCCAUCGUCUCCUGCACGCCCGUUCACCUGGUGGAUAAGCUCCCCCUCCCGCUCACUCUCAAGUCCCACCUGAAGUCCUUCUCCAUGGCCAACGGCCUCAACGCCCGCAUGAUGCACGGACGCUCCUACUCCGUCACUGCCAACGCUGCUGCUCACCAUGGCGCCACCAAGAGGACAGGAGGAGCGCUGCUGAAAAAACCCAGACUGAUUCGGCCUCCCCCUCUGAGCCCGUCUGCACAGAGCUGCAGAAACAGUUGCAAAAUAUCCUAAAAAACACCAGAUGUACGUACAGACAGCAUGCGUUCUUAAGUCGAAGAAGACAAACCAAGAGCUUUAGAUCUUUGUAUAUAAAGAGCUGGAAGACUAACUUUAUUUUCAUCAAAGCAGAAAAUUAACAAAAUCUGUGAGAUAAAGACACUUUUUGAUGAAGUUUGUUAAAAUUCUGCGUCUGUUUUGUUGUUUGACGUGUUUCCCGUUUUACACAACUUUUUGUCUAAGAAGUGAGAUCAUGUCAACAUCAAUGACCUCAACAGGAAACAAAAAGCUGAUUUUUUUGUUGCAUCCAGUCUUUAUGAAUUCAUCAAAUGUUGCACAAGUUGUCAUCGAACUUGUGCAGACAUGAUAAUAAUAUGGUGUGAACAACAUAAUUAACAUGUGGGCUAAAGUUAUUAUCUUGUUGAAAUACUUCAUCUUGUACGCACACCAGGGGCGUGUCCAGAGGGGCGGCCUUAAAAUCUGAUUGGCCACCCCAAAAAUCUGAAACUCUGAUUGGCUGUUUGCCCCGUCUGAAGCGACUA